AUGCCAGCGGACCUCCACCUUCUUCUCGUCUCCCUCCUCCUCGCAUCGGUGACUUUGGCGUCAGACAUCGAAACGCGAAACGCUACUGCAUGCGCUCCAAGCCCUGUCGUGCACGCCACCUUGCUAUCCAACGCUGACGACGCCCCGUUCCUCAUCUCCCUUGGCAUCUUUGCCGUCGCCUCGUCUUCCUCCUCUCAUUCGUGUGGCGAGGACCCUAACGCUACAUACGCGAUCACAUCCUUACCAUCACAAGGUACACUACUCGACCAAAGGUCACUCGCCCCAAUCGCGUCUACUCCGUAUCUGCUUCGACGCGGCGACACGCGCGUAGGAUUCAAGCCAAAGUUCAGGGGAAGGGUACACAAAACGAGGCAUGUUGAUCCUCUGACGGACAAAACACCACUAUACGUGCAAUUGCGCUUCGCCGCUACAGCUUCGCUCCGUAACAAUGAUAUUGAAGCCGCCACCGCAUGGUCAAAGGGGCUGUCGAGCGACGAAGAGAACAGCGAUGGGCAUAUUGCAGAGGUGGAUAUACAGGUUGUUUUGCCUGAACUCAACCCUCUUGUUGUUGCUGCUCACACUGUCCGGGUUGCAACACUCGAAGAUGUUGCUAAAUCGGUAGUGUUGCAUGCGACGAUCAGCUCGUCCAAUGUCGCAUCAGUCGCGCCUGCGUACACACGCAAUCAUACUAAAUUUGGGAGAGUUGAUUGUGGCGGCAUUGAAACAAGUAGAGUUUUCGCGAGGAUAGAGACAACACCUGCCCAUGGUGUUCUGUACCGCGAUGGGGCCAGUCUUCAACCAGGUGAUGUCAUCCCCGCAAUAGUGACUAAUAUCUUUUGCGAUGGAAGAAUAGAUGGAGUUGAAGUUGAAGAAGGCAACUUGUCAUCUUCUGAUCGAUGGCUGUGCUCUUUGCGAGAAGAACAAAAAGAUGACGCGUUCUUGCCUCGAACUGCUGUAUGCACUGAGGUGUUGUAUGUCCCUGACAUUGACCAUCACAACUAUCCAGUAGCCGUUGCGUUCGGAAAUUCCGAACACGAAGUUUCAGUGGACACGUGGAAAUUCACUUUUGUGCUGAUAGGUAAAGACGGAGCAGAGUUCGCUGCAUCCAAUGUGUCAAGGGCGUUUGUGACGACAAAGGCGGCGAGAGACGCUCCGCUCCUGACACGGAAAAUUGACGGGAAGCAUGAAUUGGAGCUCGUGCGUGCGCCUUUCAUCAAAACGGUAAAGAUACCCGGGGUCGUGUUGACGGGCGUAGAUGGUGACGCUCUGGCGGUUCGCGUCAGGGUGAGCUCUGCAUUUGGAAACUAUUUGUCGUUUGUCGCUGCAGGAUUGGACGUGCUAGCGGCGUGCAGAACUCCUUUUACGCUUGGAGAUGGCAUUUUAGACCCAUCUUUCGUAGAGUUUGUUGCUGUUCCACGAGUGGCGGCAAUACUCCUUGCUAACCUAGAAUACAUUCACGUAAAUAAUACGAUGCCAAUAGCUUACAAUUUGUCCUCGGCCAGAGCACCUGCCGUUCUAGUUGACACGGUAUUGGUCACUAUCUCAGAUGGCUGGUGCUUUCACCGUGACGACAACGAUAUGAAUGGCUGCAUUUCUCACCCUACCGAAGCAAGACAUUAUCUUUCGCUCGCGAUAUCGGUUACGCCUCACGGAGAGAUGCACAAGACAAUACCGGCGCGUGUACUAAACUGCUGCGAAGAGUUCAUACGGCUGAGUACUGUUUGCUUUGGACUUGGGUCUUUGGCAGCCUUUGUCCUCACGGCUGCAUGGAGGUACUGUACCAUUUGCAGCAUAGGAUAG